UUUAUUAGGAGCGAGUGAAGCAAAGUGGGUUGGGUUGCAGCAAUGGCUACAAUUUCACCAACACUAGCAAGACCCUUAUUCUCCUACACUCCAAGAUUUCUCUCACCAUCAAACACCCCAUCUUGUGUUCACAAACACAACAACACCUCCCUGUUGUUGGUAUUGUCUUUCAGUUCGAGGAAAGGGAACAACACUCCUCCAUCACCGGAAACACAGUGUCCUGUUCCAGAAGAACAGCAACCCAUAAAGGAGUACCAGUCACUCUCAACCUCAUUCCCCUUUUCAUGGGCCUCCCGCGACAUCGUCGAAUACAUCUCACGCCUCUUCGUCACCGGUGCCUCCUUCGCCCUCUUCGUCGGUCUCCCGGUCGCCUGGUUCGGCUCCGUCACCGCCCAAUCGGAACUGUUGAAGCGAAUUAUGUGUGCUGCUUCGAGUGGCAUCUUCGCCGUCACCCUCGCCGUUCUCAGAAUGUAUCUGGGUUGGGCUUAUGUUGGCAAUCGCUUGCUCAGUGCCACCGUUGAAUAUGAGGAGACAGGGUGGUAUGAUGGUCGGAUAUGGGUGAAGACUGCUGAAGUUUUGGCACGUGACAGGCUCUUGGGAUCAUUUUCUGUCAAGCCUGUACUGAGUAGAUUGAAAAUUACUCUAGUCACUCUGGCAACAUCAUUACUUGUAUGUGCUGUUGUCCUCAUUAACAUUGAGGGGGACCAAAACGACCUUUAUCUAACAUCAAAAGAAGGUGGAGUUCGAGUUGUCCCUGGAGUUUACAAUGAUGAUUCUGCAAGAUCAUUUGAACCAGACGCCUUUUGUGGUGAACCUGAUCUUCAAUAGUACAUAGCCACUUAUACGAAAGAAUUCUUAAUCCUGGGCCUUCCAUGCAUUGUAUUAAUUAGGAGGGAAGGGGUGCUUCAUAUAUUCAGCAUCGAAUUCUAUACUUCCUGUACAUAUCUUAUAGUGUAUUGUACAAACCAUAUAUUUAGUAGCAUUUCAAAUUAAUGUUA